AUGAGGAAGGAAUCCUUAACGCCGCGGACUGGCUCCGUCGACGUCCAUGCCGAUGCCGCCCUAGCAAAGAUGGGCUACACUUCCGAGCUUCCGCGUAACUUAUCGAUGUUGAGUGUUCUAGGCAUGUCCUUCGCCAUCAUGGCCGUUCCCUUCGGCCUCAGCACUACCAUGUACAUCACACUUACCGACGGCCAAUCCGUUACCAUUCUGUGGGGAUGGGUGCUGGUUUCGCUCAUCUCCCUUGCAAUUGCCGCGUCACUGGCUGAGAUUUGUGCCGUCUAUCCCACAGCAGGCGGAGUGUACUACUGGUCGGCCAUGCUAUCCACGCGCAAAUAUGCGCCCGUUGCGAGCUGGAUCACUGGAUGGCUCACUCUCGUGGGCAAUUGGACCGUCACUCUAUCCAUCAACUUCUCUGGAGGGCAGUUGAUACUCAGCGCGAUUACGCUCUGGCGUGAGGACUUCGUCGCCAAUCAAUAUCAGACGAUUCUGAUGUUCUGGGCAGUCAUGCUAGUGUGCAUGGCAGUCAAUAUCUUCGGCGCCAAGUAUCUCGACCUGAUCAAUAAAAUCUGCAUCUACUGGACGAGCGGGAGCGUGAUAAUCAUCUUGGUCACUGUCUUGAGUAUGGCGGACCACAAGAGGAGUGGAGAGUUCGUGUUUGCGCAUUACGAUGCUUCGCAGAGCGGCUGGCCUUCCGGCUGGGCCUUCUUCGUUGGCCUCCUACAAGCUGCGUACACACUGACUGGAUACGGCAUGGUCGCGUCCAUGUGCGAAGAGGUCCAAAAUCCAGAGCGAGAGGUACCAAAAGCCAUCGUCCUCUCCGUUGCCGCCGCGGGCGUCACCGGCGUCAUCUACCUCAUCCCCAUCCUAUUCGUCCUCCCAGACGUCCAAUUGCUCCUCAACGUCGCCAACGGGCAACCAAUUGGCCUCCUCUUCAAGACCGUGACAGGCUCCGCAGGCGGCGGCUUCGGCCUCCUCUUCCUCAUCCUCGGCAUCCUCUUCUUCGCCGGCAUCGGCGCCUUAACAGCCGCCUCCCGCUGCACCUACGCCUUCGCGCGCGACGGCGCGAUCCCCGGCUCCCGCCUCUGGAAGCAAGUCGACAAACGCUUCGACAUCCCGCUGUGGGCGCUCGUCCUCUCGACCGCCGUCGACUGUUUGCUCGGCCUCAUCUACUUCGGCUCCUCGGCCGCCUUCAACAGCUUCACGGGCGUCGCCACCAUCUGCCUCUCCACCUCGUACGGCAUGCCCAUCCUCAUCUCCGUCCUCCGCGGCCGCGAAGCCGUCAAACACAGCUCCUUCUCGCUCGGCAAAUUCGGCUACGCCAUCAACGUCGCCACGCUCUGCUGGAUCUGCCUCGCCGUCGUCAUCUUCUGCAUGCCCGUCAGCCUGCCGGUCGAACCCACCACCAUGAACUACGCCAGCGUCGUCUUCGCCGGGUUCGCGGCCAUCAGCGUCGCGUGGUACUUCAUCCGCGGACGCAAGGAGUUCCACGGCCCGCCCGUGCCGCAGGAUGUCUCCCCCGGAGAAGAGAUCCUGGUCCCGGGCGUGGCGGUGACGGACGCGAAUCGUGAGCGGAACGGGGAUCUGGAGCACAAGCUCUCGAAUGGGCAUCCGGGGAACAAAGAGUUGUGA